GAGGCGAGGGGGAGAGAAGGUGAAGUUCACGCGGUCGUCGCUCGGCUUUUCUUCAAGGAGGUCAACUCGGCUCGGGUAAGACUCGCGCUUCUCCCACCUCGGCGCUCGGUCGGAUCGACGCGGCGCCGGCUCCGAGCGUUCAUAUCGCGGCGGCGACGGGCCGCUCCUUUGGCGUCGAACUCUGACCUCGGCCGGCUCGGCGACACGUUAUCAGCUGCCGGCAGAGGGGGCGGGGCUUCUUUGCUCUUCUUAUCUGCCGGGCCGCACGUGUCAACUGAGGCCGCGGCCAACGGUCGCGGCCGAAGUCCCCGGCCGCCGCUGCCGUCGUCAUAGCGUCCCCUCCGUCGGCGCCGAAGGAACGUCUCCUCUGCCGUCACCCCGGUCACUCCUUUUGCCGUAGUCAUGGUGACAACGACACCCGUCGUCGCCCCGGUCGUCCGUUAAGAUCUCGUGACUUUGCCUCGUUUCCUUCCGCGCUCGACGUCGCCAUGGACGACGCUCCCAAGAGGUGGGUGCUGAGGUCUCUGUCCCCCCCACUGCAUCCACGCGACCUACGCGGCACGACGGGUCCGAGCGGAAGCGAAGACGACCUCCGGGCCCGCCCGCUCGCCGUUUCGCCGGACGACGGCGACGAGCGGGAUCCCGACAGUCCCGGCAGCAGCUCGGGGUCUCGCGACGGCUUCUACUCCUUCGCGGAAGAUCCGGUGAGUCCGGAAGCCGAGCUGACUGAGGCGCGGAUGCUCCUGCCUCAGCGGCGGCUUCAUCUCAUGACCUUGAAGGAAGACCGGGCCUUUAAAGUGCAGAGCUACGCCGGCGGCAAAAAACCGCAGCGCCUGUUUCGGGACUCGGAGUCACGGUACCGAGUCGGGCCGGAAAGCCGCCGUCGCGUGUUUGGGGAAGAAGAAGACAGACGACUGAGGAGGGAAAUCAUCCGAAAACAAGCCCCGAAGAAGAAGUCCACUUUCGAGCCGAGCGAGCGGCUCGCCGCGCCGGAGGAGCCGGAUCGGAGUCGCCCUACGAAUACGCCGACCCGAGGAUUCGGCGCCAGCCGCGGCCCCGCCGCGCCGGAAGCCGGCCCCGUCGGCCCCGGGGCGAUCGACGGGGCUCGGAUCGACUUCGGUGCGGCUCGGCGACAGUUCCUGGAGCUGGAGCGGGGGGGGCGGGACGUCCUCGUUCCCCCGUGGAGGUCACGCGCGUCCCGGAAGAUGGAGGAAGAGGACGCCACGCGCCCCCCACGCGGUGAAGUCGAAACCUUCGUCGAGAACGAGCGGACGUCGGGUCCGAGCGGCGGACCGGCCGACCCGGGCUCGCCGGCUGCGGAGAACUCAUCGGCGGAGGCGCGCCCUCGCUCCAUCGGCGGCGAAGACGCCUUCGAUGACAGCGUUGCGCCAACGAGCGGGAGAGCCGAGUUCCACCAUGGCGACGAGACCCCGAUCGAGAAGGAGAUCCGCCUGCUUCGAGAACGCGAGGAAAAGCUCCGACGCGCGCGAGGCCUGAAGCGCGGCGACGGAUCCUCACAGUUGCUGGAGAUUGAAAGCGGGCGUGUGCGCUCGCUGCCGAGUCCUCGCGAGGCCCAAAGGAAGAAGAGCCACGGGAGCUUCGCUCUUCAGCUCCAGAGCCACGAGAACAACGUCAGUCCGAAGGCCCCGGAAGAGCAAUUCCAGGAGGUACUUUUGCCCCCUUGCUGUCCUCACCGACACGCCGAAGAAAGCUCCUCCGCCCCACCCACGCCCCCUCGCCACGUCCCGUCGCGGAGCGCAACUCUUUCUUGGCGCUCAAGUGCCCCGGAUUUCAUCGAGAAGGAGAUCGAAGAGGCUCUGCGGCGAGAGCGGGAGCUCCGGGAGUCCAGAGAGCGCGGGGGCUCCGGACAGUCCGCAGAGUCCAGAGGGGAGUCCGGAGGGGAGUCCGGAGGGGAGUCCGGAGGGAAGUCCCGCCUCCACUCCGCAACUCCUUCGGUGCACCCGGCAUCAAAGGUCGAGCCCAUCCGGCGCUCAGGCCCGACCAGGGCACCGUCGAGGGACUCCGAGGAGCCACGAGAGACACGCAAGUACGCCGGGAUCCGGCCCGUCGAUCACAUCAACAACCAGGUGAGCCUGGCAGAAGCUCAAAACUCUCAACAACAGAAACGUGACGGCAGUUGCCACUCAAUCUCCGGAUGGGGCGUGCGAUCGCUCUCUUGUCCAAACGUGUUUGCAGGUGGUGGAAUCAACCCGAGUGAUUCGACAUAAAAGCCGACGGGCUUUGCGCUGGGAGGCGGGCGUCUUUGCCAACCGGCCCCAGCAUUGAGGCCGGAGGGAGCGCGUCCGGCGUCGUACCCGCAACCGCAUCCGGGGAUCCGGAACCGCGCCUACACCCGCACAUGGGCCACAUCAAGUCCUGCAUCGCGCGCCGAGGGAGGCGCGGCGAUGCCCGCGAAGAUGAUGACGAUGAGGAAGAAGCUCUGCCACAAUGCGGAUCCGUUCCUUCCCUUCGAAAAAGCGCGUGUGCUGCGGUCCUUGUUUCCAUGGCAACUUUGUUUGAUCUGCAAGAAAUCAUUGCCAGUGUUUGUGUGUGCGCGCGCGCAUACGUACGUACGUAUCCUCCUUGUACUAUCCUCCUUGUCUCCAGCAACCCCGUUUCCAUGGAUACGACGUGACAAGCCUCAAGGUACAGGAUACAAGGCGGCGUCUGCAUCGCUUUUUGCCAAGUCAACAGUAUUUAUAGAGCACUUUCAAACAGCCAUCGCCGCAUACAUUGAGUAUGAUUGAAAGAUCAUACGCCACAUACUUGAAAGAUUUGAUAUUGCCCAAAUCAUUUCCAUUUGAAAGACAUUUUAUUUGUCAUGCGGCCCUUGUUUACAUUCAAUAAACGUUGUCACAUCCAAA